AUGACAGAUAUUGAAACUGAAAAGGGAAAGAAUUCGACCGUCGCCGCCGUCAGACAGGUGUCUACGAUUUCCGAAGAAGCCAGUGAUGUUGAUGAUGCGUUUCAGUUCAAUCUCGAAAGUAAGGACCUUGCUAUCACGGAGGAAAUCAACAAAAAGUUGCUCCGUAAGGUCGAUCUAUACAUUCAACCAAUGAUUUGGGCGCUCUAUACCUUGCAGUAUAUGGAUAAAGUGACCAACAGUUAUGCUGGCGUCAUGGGUAUCCAAAAAGACUUGAACUUUGCGCCGAACGAGUUUGCCUGGCUCGGAACUGCCUUUUAUUUGGCUUAUCUCGGUGCAGAAUUUCCGAUGUCACAGCUGUUGCAGAGAUUCUCCUUCGUGAAAACGAUGUCUGCCUGUAUCGUAAUAUGGGGUAUUGUAUUGUGCUCACACGCAGGUGCCAAAAAUGGUGCAGGCAUCAUCACGGCUCGUGUGUUCCUUGGUAUUUUUGAAUCUAGCAUUACCCCCGGAUUUGUCAUUCUAACAUCUCAGUGGUAUAGGAAAGAGGAGCAUUUUGCAAGAAUUGCCUACUGGUUUUCCUGUAAUGGUUUGGGAGGUAUUCUUGGAGGUUUGAUCGCUUAUGGGUUAGUUCACCAUGCCGAUUCGUACACGAUUGACCCAUGGAAGAUCUUAUUCAUCGUAACCGGCUUGAUCUCGGUGGUCUUCGGAGUUUUGUUCUACUUCUACAUACCAGAGAAUCCAAGUAAGGCCUGGUUUUUGACAGAGAAAGAACGUCUCUAUCAAGUGCAGCGUAUUAAGGCCAAUCAGCAAGGGUACGGAAAUAAGAAGUUCAAGUGGUACCAGUUUGCCGAAGCGUUCAGAGACCCUAGAACAUGGAUCUACAUUGUCUGGGGCUUGACUGCACAGAUCCCAAACGGUGGUCUUGGCUCCUUUUCCUCUAUUUUGCUACACAAAACAUUGGGCUACUCUUCACAGGCUUCUCUAUUGGUCGGACUAGGUAAUGGCGCUGUGCAGAUUUUGUCGGGUAUUAUCACUGGUUACAUUGCCACUAAGACCGGAAAGAGAGUCAUUGUUGGUGCCGUGAGCUGCUUAAUCACUUUGCUCGCCACUUGUUUGCUUGCCUUUCCAGAAUCUACUAAAGCUCGGCUUGCAGGGUAUUAUCUAAUUCCAUUUUUCGCCAUUGGCAUGGUAACUAUUCUGGCCUCAAUCACAUCGGAUGCAUCGGGGCACACAAAGAAGUUGACGGUGUCCGCAGCAUUCUUGGUUUCUUACUGCGUUGGUAACGUUAUUGGGCCUCAGACUUUUCGUGCUUCCGAUGCUCCUCAAUAUAAACCGGCAAGAGUGACUAUGGUUGCCUGCUUGGCGAUAUCGACAGUUGAUCUGUUCCUGCUUCUCUUGCUGAACAUGCGUGAGAACAAGAAGCGCGACCAAAAGUUUGCAGAAGAUCCAACAUGGUAUGUGGCACCAGAUAAUGUCGAAUUUUUGGAUCUUACUGACUUUGAGAACAAAAACUUCAGAUACUCACUUUGA